UCUUCAGCUCAUGUUCAUUACACCAAACCUCUCUCUCUCUCUCUCUCUCUCUCUCUCACGCACACACACACACACACACAAUGGCGGUGAAGGAGAAUUCGAAUCCAACGGUCGGGAUCAACAAUCUCAGCUUCACCUACCCCGGAAUCGACGGCCAUCCUCCGCCUGGCUCCACCCCCCUCAUUCACGACUUCUCUCUCACUCUCCACCCCGGCAAUCGCUGUCUCCUCGUUGGAUCCAACGGCGCAGGUAAGACGACAAUUCUGAAGAUAUUGGGAGGGAAGCACAUGGUGGAGCCUCACAUGGUUCGCGUUUUGGGGAGAUCGGCUUUUCAUGAUACCGCUUUGACCUCUUCUGGUGACCUCUGCUAUCUUGGAGGAGAGUGGAGGCGAGAUGUUGCUUUUGCUGGUUUUGAGGUUCCAAUACAAAUGGAUGUUUCUGCUGAGAAGAUGAUUUGUGGUGUGUCGGGAAUUGAUCCUCAAAGAAGAGCUGAACUGAUCAAGGUUUUAGAUGUUGAUCUAUCAUGGAGAUUGCACAAAGUAUCAGAUGGUCAGAGAAGACGCGUGCAGAUUUGUAUGGGUCUGUUAAAGCCAUUCAAGGUACUUCUUCUUGAUGAAAUCACCGUUGACCUUGAUGUUCUUGCGAGGGCUGACCUGUUGAAGUUUCUUCGAAAGGAAUGUGAAGAGCGUGGUGCUACAAUUAUUUAUGCCACACAUAUAUUUGAUGGUCUGGAGGAUUGGCCAUCACAUAUUGUUUAUGUGGCUCAUGGGAAGUUGCAAUUAGCAAUGCCAAUGGAUAAAGUUAAGGAGACCAGCAAUUUGUCACUGAUGAGAACUGUAGAACAGUGGCUGAGGAAAGAAAGAGAUGAGGCAAGGAAGAGAAGGAAAGAAAGGAAGGCAAAUGGUCUUCCAGAAUUUGAGAAACAUGUUGAUGGCAGUCGUGUGACUGGCGAUCCAGCCCUUGCUGCUGCACGUGCAUUGAACAAUGGUUGGGCUGCGGGAAGGCUCAAUUCCACCAUUGCUGGUGAAGAGAAUUUUGUGUUCAGCUCAAACAGAGUACUAAGACAAUAAAUUGAAUCCAGCCGAAAAUAAUCCUCCAACUUGGAAUGCUUCAUUGGUAAGAGUUGGUUUAAGAUAUCCUCUGCCAUUGAUGCAUCACUUGGAUAUAUAGUUCUUUUUAUUUGUGCAAAU